AUACUUCGAGCACAGAUGUUGACACAGAUGUUUUGGUGAAUAUCACUUCUGGGAAAGUGAGAUUAUUAUUUGAAAUGCCGUUUAGUCAAAGGACAAACACCUUUGUAUCAGAAGUCUUACGAGCUGCUGAAGUGCUUGGGAAACGAAGAGGACCUCCACCAGAGUUUUCAUGGCUUCUUCCUUACCAGAACUCUGCAAGCAGUUCCAAUGAGGGAGAACUGGCAACCUUGGGCCAGAACAAUCCUGCCAGUGGUCCAGACAACUUGGAUGCUGUCAGCUUGGGUGAUGUUAGUGUGGACGUAAUGCAGACCCCACCUGCACCCUCCCUUGACCCUGCUAUCAGUAUUACUGACAACAGUAGUGUGCAUGUACGUUGUUUGUGCAUGGUUAAAUUUGAUUAAUUGGCUAUUUUAUGUAUUAAAAAUAACUGGCAUUAUGCACAAGGGUGGGCAAACUUUUCAGAAAGCAGGCCAGAUGAGACUUUCAGGAGCACAGUAUGAAUUGGAGGAACUAUAUACAACAGUUAAUAAUUAGCACAUAUUGAUCUUUUCAUAAUGAAAGUAAGUAAAGUAGUAAAUAGAAGGGAAAAAAAAGUAACUCCUGAAUUGGGUAAUAGCAGAGAAAUGUAUUCAGGAGUGACAUUUACUUUGUCAGAGUUACUGUCCUGCACAAAUGAAAAUUUGUAGCUCAUCUAGGUCUAACUGAGAAUCUAGCAUAUAAUAAUUAUAUGCUGGGAACACCACACCAUAGAUUUAGGAAUUGAAUAUUCUGAGCUGGUAGAAAAAGAAAAAUAAUAAUGCAGACUGGAUAUUUAAUGAUGAAGUAGAUGAAAAGACUACAAUAGAACCAGCAAAAUAUGUGACAGGAUAUGUCACAGGCAGGAUUUCACUGUGAAUGCUGAGCAGGGGGUCAAGCCAGAGUUUACCUGUCCUUGAUAUAUCAGAUAGAAUCAAACAAAUAGGAAAUAAGAGAGGUUUGGUGAAGUAUGAAAAGGCCCCUCCACUGUAAGUUCACCUCGUAUCAUCUGGUAUGCCCUUCUAUCCAGAGCACUUGCCAUUAUGAGUCGGGAGUAUGUGCCUCAGAUGCAAGGGUCAUAUUUUUCAGUUCACACAUUGACAGUCCUAAGUAGAAAAGUUGGAACUGGAGGAAGGUGUACGUUGGCUGAUAGAGUUGGUAUAGGUAUAUGACUCAUAUUGUACUUGCUAAAAAAAAUAAUAAUAAUAAUGAAAUAGACUUAGAGAAUUAAGGCAAUCAGCAUGAAAAAAGUAGGUGAGGUCAGGUAGUUCUUGUAAUUAACUCCUUGGCGACUGGGCAUUUCUGAAAAUCCACUGUGUGUAAAAAAUUGGUGAACCAAACAACAGUACAGUAAAUGUGGACAGUUUGUGCAAAUUUAUAGUACUAGUGUCAUUAUCUUAACCCAUUUGCCCCAUGUGGCAAAUGGCAUCUCCACUGUAAAUACACGUUUAUUUAUUGUAUUUACAAAUAGAUGGCUCUACAAGUUCUUAAUCACCAAAUAGCCAGUUAUCAGAACUACCUAUCUCAUGUAUUUACCCUUUUCCUUCACUUUAGGAAAGGGUCUUUUAUAUCAUUUCAUUCUCUAAAAUAUUUUAAUGACAAUUUGAUAAUCAUAAACAUCAAUAAGAAUGAUAACAGUUUUGAUAGCAAUGGUGUUAAUAAGAAAAACACAUUUUUCCACCAAUUCAAGGAAUGGGAAAAUCAGGGUCGGUAACUAGGGCCUAAUGAUAGACUCCUUGCCGGCUGAGCACAUGUGGAGCCAUCUGUAUGUAACAAAAUUCAUCAAAAAACUACAGGGGACAGAACAUAAAUCUGGGGCAAAUGGGUUAAAAUGAAGUAGAAGAAGAAAGCUUAUUUACUCUUUUCAUUUUAUUAUUAGACUGAAGUAGCAAAUUUAAAGAAACUCUUUGCUUGUGAAAAAAAUCUUUAGUAAACAUGCUGUAGUUCAUUGUUUAGAGAGAAGUAGUUUAAUGGAAGGGGAACUGGAGGAUUUUGAUAUUGUCAGAUAUGAAUGGAUAUUUUUCAUUUCAUGCGUUGUUAAUGUGAAUAUAGUAAACAUAUGACACUUUGGUGAAAUGUUAGAAGAAUUGAAACAGAAAAAAAAAUGUUUAGUUCAUUUUGAGACCAUUUCAAGGAAAUUGAUUUAGACACCUUACAUUGAGAUCACCUUCACACACCCACUCCCAUUUUAAGCCAUGUCUUGAGCUAAUCACACAGUUGAGUUCUCCUGCCUUCAUUGUCUUGGAAAUGGAUGGUAAUGCAUAUGAAUUAGCAAUUCUGGUACUGUAAGACAUACUUCAUCCUGCCAAACCCCUGUUCAUUUCUUCUUUUCUAUUCCUUCUCCAAUUACCUACAAUCCACUGAAUAUAUUAUUACCUUUUACUUUUUAUUCCUACAAAUGAAACUGAAUGCAUAUGUUAUUACUUUGUAUGAUAAGGUUUUACUGAUUUUAAUGAUACUUAAGAUGUGUUCAAUAUUUGAAUAUAUUGCUCAUGUGUGGCCCACAGUACAAGUAUUAGGCUUCCUUGAAUGGUGACUUUCCCAGGUGUGUUGCUUGUAGGCUUGGCUCACACAAACACUUGUUACAGUGUCAAGGCACCUUGCCUUGCCCCUUUUGUAAUAUUAUUAUUUCUUUCUACAUCAGUACCUUUUAGGUUUUUUUAUUCCCAUUUUCCAAGAACUAUAUUUGUCAGUUGAUAUGCUAUAUCAAGAUGGUGAUAGACUGUUUUCCUUGCACAGACUCCAUAUCAUCUCCCUAGGUCUGUGCAAUGACAAUUUAGAUAAGUAACAUUUUCUUUCAUGGCUUUUUAAAAAAUCUUCCUAAUAUUCAACUUCAUGUAAUCACCCUCCAAGAGCUUUGUCCACCUUCAGUGAGUCAUUCCCGUCAUCCCAGCCUUCAGCUAUAUUUUCAUAAUGACACAUACAGUUGCCCAAUCCUCAGCCAAAUUAUUCCAUGACAUGAUAGUCACUUUACCUAGAUUCCUGGAGUUAAAUUCUUGAAAUGACAGUAACCAAAAAAAUGUACUGUGAAGCUUGAAAUAUUAGGCUUCUUCUUUGUCUUUUUAUUUUUAUUCUUAUGUGGACAAACAUGUUGGAGGAAUUGCUGUUCUUAACCAGUGACUGUGGAUGGGAAAAUAUGUAGCAUGUCCACUGAGAUUUUUUAUUAACCCAUUGCCGACGGGCAUGCCAUGCCGUGCCCACUGUGAGAUUACUUGUUGGAUUGUUUUUGCAGAUAGAUAGCUACACUUGUCCUGAAUCACCAAUGAGCCAGUUAUGAGUACCGCCUGUCUCGCUGUUACUAAUGUUAAAAAAACAUUAUAAAAAUUAUAAUGUUUAUAAUAAAAAUAACACCAUCGAUAUUCAUGGCACUAGUGAAAAAUACGUUUUUCCCGCCUUUUCAAAUCAGGCACUAACAGAGCCAUCUAUGGGCAGACAUUUCACAAAAAAAUAUAGAAAAUAGGCACAGCAUUUUCCCCAUUUUUUGUUCAUUUUCCCUGCCGGCAAUGGGUUAAUUGAGUUUACACAGAGAUGACUCAAGAAAUGUGCCUAAUCACCAAGUAGUCAAUUAUUAGUUCUACCAAUCUCCCCAGUUUAUCUUUUUCCUUGAUUUUUGGAUUUUUUUUAGUUUUUCAUUUUAUUAUUUUUAUUGUCAGUGGUAUAUUAAUAAUAAUAUGCUAAUCAUAAUGUCAGUUAUGAUUAUAUAAGUAUUGAUAUUAACCUAUUCGCCACACGUGGCAAGAAUAGAUACCAUACCCACUUUGAGACAUGUUUAUUUUUUGUAUUUACACAUAGAUGGCUCCAUAAGUUCUUAACCCAAUGACACCGGGUGUACAAAACAAAAAAAAAAACUACGCUCUAGCAAACAAAGGCGGCGCCGACUUUGAGCGUGUGAGUAGGGGACAUCAGCCUGAAUCACUGGCUCGCCGCGCUUUGGCGUGCCACCGUGGCGUACAGCUGCACACCAGCUUUUGAGCGGUUUGUUUUCACGCCGAUCGGCGUCACCCGGCACCAAGGGGUUAAUCACCAAACAGCCAGUUGUCAAGA